CAGGAGCAGAGCAGUGCGGUGCAAAGCCAAGCCCUGCCAAGAGGCCGGGCCAGGGAGACCCACUCUGGGGCCCUGGGCCGGCCAGCCUGGGGCUCACCAUGGCACGCCCCCCGGGCCGAGAACGGCUUCCCCCCGUGCUGCUGCUCCUCCAAGCCUUCUUGGGCCCAGGCUGGGGCGAGCCGGCACCCCAAAUUGACGGGCGGAUGUGGGCGGAACGGGCCCUGCGGGAGAACGAGCGCCAUGCCUUCACCUGCCGGGCCGAGGGCGAGCACGGGGCUCCCCAGCUGGCCUGGUACCUGGACGGGCGUUUGCAGGAAGGCAACAGCUCGCGGGUGCUGAGUGCGGGGAGCGGGGCCGUGGUGCGGGGCACCAGCACCUUCGUCGUCACUGCCCAGCGGACACAGCAUGAGCUCAACUGCUCUCUGCUCGACCCGACCACCGGCCGGGCGGCCAACGCCUCCGUCGUCCUCAACGUGCAAUUCAAACCAGAGAUCGCCCAGGUUGGCGCCCGACCCCAGGCGGCCCAGGGCCCGGGGCUCCUCGUCGUGCUCUUCGCCCUGGUCCGCGCCAACCCCCCCGCCAACGUCACGUGGAUCGACCAGGACGGGCCGAUGAUGGUCAACGCCUCGGACCUCCUGGUGCUGGACGCCAAGAGCUACCCCUGGCUGACCAACCACUCGGUGCAGCUGCGGCUCCACAGCCUGGCACACAACCUCUCCGUCGUCGCCGCCAACGACGUGGGCGUCACCAGCUCCUCCCUCCCGGCCCCAGGACUCCUGGCCACGCGGGUGGAGGUGCCGGUGCUGGGCCUCGUGGCGGCUGGCGCCCUGGCCCUGGGCCCCCUGGCGGGGCUCGGCGUCCUGGUGGCCCGCCUGGUGUGCAGGAGAGACCGGAAGGCGGCAGCCCCCUCCCGGCGCCCAUCUCUGCUGUCCAGCGACUCCAACAACCUGAAACUCAACAACGUGCGUCUGCCUCGCGAGAACAUGUCUCUGCCCUCCAAUCUGCAGCUCAACGACCUGACCCCUCACCGCCCCGGCAGACCGGCCACCCGACGGGCGCCCCGGCCCGGCAGCCGGCCGGACGUCCUGGACCCCGAGGACGGCACCCUCCUCGGCGGCCAAGGCUUCAUCCACCUUCCUACACUGGGCUACAUCUACCGGGUGUCCAGCGGGAGCAGCGACGAGAUUUGGCUCUGACUGCACGCGCCUGGGGCGGGGCGGGGGAUGCCCCACUCGUGCCCCCGCCUCUCCCCCCAUCCCUCCCUCCGCUCGGCCCCC